AUUGAGCUAAAUUCAGUGCAAGUUUUUGAAGCGAACAAAGUGGUGUGGAAAUAUGAAUAUGGAUAACAAAAAGUCAUUGGAAGUUGUAGCCGAACCACAACUCGAACCGGUCAUUGAAUCCGAAGACGAGAGCUCAUAUGAGCCGUUGGACUCUGAUGAUAGCUUCUCGGAGUAUUUAAACAACAUGGAGGAUAUGUACGCUGACAUUGAGAAUAGCAGCAGUGAUGAAGAUGACGUGGAAGAGGAUUCUGAUAGUGACGAUGAGGAUUACGAUCAGUAUUAUGUUUUCGCUUACUUAACUUUCACUUUCUAUAUUAUAUUCAUAAACUUUGUUUUUCCUUAAACACAUCAAAUAAUGUUUGUAAAUCUUCUGAUGAUGAUUUAAAUAAGUUUUCAGAGCGCAUUGCUCCAAAUAAAAUAAUCUAAAUAAAUAAGA